UAAGGUGUGAAGAGGGCAGCACUCCUGUCCUGCCACCAACCUGGAUGAUAAGGUGUCCUCCAGGCAGCCUUGUCCCCGCCUGAUCACCUCCCUCCACCCCACCAGCUCCCAGAUUCCAGGCAGCCCUUUGGCUUUGGAGCAGUCCUCACACCUGCACAUUUAAAUUUGAGGGUUUCAAAGUCCCAGUGGCCUGUAGGACAGUGAGCUCAGCUCAUGGGCACUGGACCCCGCAAGUCUCCACCCAGACCUUGUGGGGCUGCUCGUGGAUUGUCCACGGUGGUCAGCCCCAGACCUGAUGUUAACAUUAAGGCCAUAAGUGCUGGCCUUCUAGAGGCUCCCAUCAAGUGACCAACAGCUAGAGAUUUCAGAACCUGGAACUCUGACAGGAUCUAGGUACAUGGCACAAGAGAGGACGGAGAAAGACAACAGAGAAAGACAGCGUCACAGAGGUGGGUGGACAAAGGGGAUGGCAACACAGAGAUAGGAGGAGAGAGACACACCAGGAGAUGCCUCAGAUACACAGGCAGGUGAGGAUCUGGAUUCAGCGACACAGAGACACAGAGGAAGGGACACAGUUGGGCAUGUCACAUACCCAGAAGUAGAGGAGACAGAGUCCAUAAGACUGGAUUGGGGGUUUGGGGGUAAAGGAACAGGGCUGUCAUGUACAGUUGUGCAGGUUGGUUACUGUUCAAGGGCACUCAGGAAAGGCAAUGAGUAAGGCCUGAGUUGGCUGGAAGGAGGGGUAGCCUUUUCUACUUGUGCUAAGGCAUGGUAUAGGCUAGAGAGAUUCCAUGUAAGGAAGGAAGGCUCAGAAGUGUCAGAAGUGACGUCCAGAUUUCUGGCCUGGGCACCAGGGAGUGGGGCAGAAGCAAUUAAUAGGGGAGAAGGUAGUGACAGCAGUCUGGGUGCAGGUGUAUGAGGGACAGCCAGGCGAAAAUGCUCAGCUCGUAGUCAAACCCAGGAGUCUGGGGCUCAGGAGAGAGGUAGCUGGAAACAGAUGUGGGAGUCCUUGGUGAUGGGAUUGGAACGGUGGGAGCUGGGGAGAGCUGGAAACUGCAGGAGAAACAUCCAGAGAGAAAAGAGGCCUGAGCCAGCUCCUUGGGGCAAGCCUGGGCCUGCAGAGUGGGCAGAGAGGAAUCUGAGGAAGAGCCUUUCCAGGAAGGAGGAAAGCAGGGUCACAAGGCGGGAGUCAGUGCUGGCGAGAAGGAAACACGAGCAAGCCUAAGGACGCCAUGCGGGGGGCUCUGACGUCCCUGUCUUCGCUGCCGCCACCUCUGCUGCUGCUGUUGCUGGUGCUGGGGUGCGGGCUGAGGGCGGCCGCCAGCGGUGGAGCCGCCGGGGCAGCGGGCUACCCGCCGGUGCAGUACGUGCAGCCCAUGCACAAAGGACCCGUGGGGCCGCCCUUCCGCGAGGGCAAGGGCCAAUACCUGGAAAUGCCUCUACCACUGUUGCCAAUGGACCUGAAAGGAGAGCCUGGUCCCCCUGGAAAACCCGGGCCACGGGGUCCCCCUGGCCCUCCUGGCUUCCCAGGAAAACCAGGCACUGGAAAACCAGGGCUACAUGGGCAGCCUGGACCUGCUGGCCCCCCUGGCUUCUCCCGGAUGGGCAAGGCUGGUCCCCCAGGGCUUCCAGGCAAGGUUGGCCCACCAGGGCAGCCGGGGCUUCGGGGGGAGCCAGGGAUACGCGGGGACCAGGGCCUCCGGGGGCCCCCAGGGCCCCCUGGGCUACCUGGGCCCUCAGGCAUUGCUGUCCCUGGAAAACCAGGCCCCCAGGGGGUGCCAGGGCCCCGAGGAUUUGGGGGGGAGCCAGGGCCUCAGGGAGAGCCUGGGCCCCCGGGUGAUCGAGGCCUCAAGGGCGAAAAUGGAGUGGGCCAACCAGGGCUUCCUGGAGCCCCAGGCCAGGGGGGUGCCCCCGGACCCCCUGGUCUCCCUGGUCCAGCUGGCUUGGGCAAACCAGGUUUGGAUGGGUUUCCUGGGGCCCCUGGAGAUAAGGGUGAGUCUGGGCCUCCUGGGCUGCCAGGACCCAGGGGGGAGCCAGGAGCUUUGGGCCCAAAAGGGCCCCCUGGGCUAGAUGGUAUGGGGGUACCAGGGCCAGCAGGAGUGCCAGGGCCACAGGGCCCACCAGGGGCCAAAGGGGAGCCAGGUACCCGGGGCCCUCCUGGCCUGAUAGGCCCCACUGGCUAUGGGAUGCCAGGGCUGCCAGGUCCCAAGGGGGACAGGGGCCCAGCUGGGGUCCCGGGGCUCUUGGGGGACAGGGGCGAGCCAGGUGAGGAUGGGGAGCCGGGAGAACAGGGACCACAGGGCCUUGGGGGCCCCCCUGGACUUCCCGGGUCUGCAGGGCUACCUGGCCGACGUGGGCCCCCAGGGCCUAAGGGGGAGACGGGGCCUGGAGGACCCCCAGGAGUGCCUGGCAUUCGGGGUGACCAGGGGCCUAGUGGCCUGGCUGGGAAACCUGGGCUCCCAGGAGAGAGGGGGCUUCCAGGGGCUCAUGGACCACCUGGACCGACUGGGCCCAAAGGCGAGCCAGGUUUCAUGGGCCGCCCUGGAGGACCAGGGGUGGCAGGAGCCCUGGGGCAGAAGGGUGACUUGGGGCUCCCUGGGCAGCCUGGCCUGAGAGGCCCUUCUGGAAUCCCAGGACUCCAGGGUCCGGCUGGCCCUAUCGGGCCGCAGGGUCUGCCAGGCCUGAAGGGUGAACCAGGCCUGCCGGGGCCCCCUGGAGAGGGGAAAGUGGGGGAACCUGGCAUGGCUGGGCCUACAGGGCCUCCUGGGGUCCCAGGCUCCCCAGGACUCACAGGCCCUCCUGGGCCUCCCGGACCUCCCGGGCCCCCUGGGGCCCCUGGGGCCUUCGAUGAGACUGGCAUCGCCGGCCUGCACCUGCCCAGCGGUGGCGUGCAGGGAGCUGUGCUAGGCAAGGGGACCAGGCCCCGGUUUGGGCUGGGCGAGCUGUCGGCCCAGGCCACGCCCGCCUUCACCGCUGUGCUCACCUCACCCUUCCCUGCCUCAGGCAUGCCUGUGAAGUUUGACCGGACCCUCUACAAUGGCCACAGUGGCUACAACCCGGCCACCGGCAUCUUCACCUGCCCCGUGGGCGGGGUCUACUACUUUGCUUACCAUGUGCACGUCAAGGGCACCAACGUGUGGGUGGCCCUGUACAAGAACAACGUGCCAGCCACCUACACCUAUGACGAGUACAAGAAGGGCUACCUGGACCAGGCGUCUGGGGGGGCCGUGCUCCAGCUGCGGCCCAACGACCAGGUCUGGGUGCAGAUGCCCUCGGACCAGGCCAAUGGCCUCUACUCCACCGAGUACAUCCACUCCUCCUUUUCAGGAUUCUUGCUGUGCCCCACAUAACCCAUGCUGCCCCGGCCUCCUCCUCUUUAGCGGUAGAGAGACCUUCUCACUUACAAAGAACCUCCAUUUAAAGAAAAAACCAAAGGCCGAACAG